GGACAAGAUGUGUGAAAACGACAGCUUUUACGGGUCAGCGAACCGGUGACCUGCCAGCGAGACACUCAAAACGUCUGGGAUUAUAAAUACCAGAAUCACAUCGUAAGUACUGCAGCUACUUGCAGAAUGCAACCCAUCAUCUUGUACGACAUACCAUCCAAGCUCCCCAAGAAAAAAUGGGCACCCAACCCAUCAAAGACAAGAUUCUGUUUCGGCUACAAAGACCUUCCGUAUGAGGUUAUCUGGGUGGAGUUUUGUGACAUUGUUGCAACCAUGAAAGGUGUUGGCGCAUCUCCAACAGCUGGGAAAAGAUACACCGUGCCAACCAUUAAAGACCCCAACACUGGCGUAGUAAUCUCCGACUCCCAUGCUAUUGCCAAAUACCUCGACGAAACCUACCCCGACAAGCCACUUAUACCCCGCGGGGCACACGUACUCUUAGAGACCUUCGAGACCUUGUAUAUCAACACAGUCAUGAUUCCGUCCUUCAAGCUCCUCGCGACCAGAACUCUCGAGAUACAGAAUGAUAUUAGCCGGCAAGUAUUCAUCCAAUCGCGGUUAAAAAUGUUUAGAGAAACACGUUGGGAAGAUAUCGCUCCUGAGGGGAAGGCACAACAAAUGUGGGCUGCGUUAAAGAAGAAUCUUGACGUAGUGGACGGGUGGUAUCAAAAGAGCGAGGGUAGGUGGAUUAUGGGAGACACGUUUUCAUUCGCGGAUAUCGUCGUGGUGUCUUGGAUGGUUUGGUGGAACGCUAUCUUGAACAAACAAGAACGCCAAGAGGUCCACACAUUGCACGGGGGAAGAUGGGCACGUCUCUUGGCAGAUGUGAAUGCCGAGUGCAACACAGAGUUAGGCUCCUUUGAAGAACAUAGUCGUUCCCUCUUAUGAGUUUCGCUAGUAGCUAGUAAAGAAACAGUUGGUGCCGGUGACCGGCCUCGCACAAAUAAAAGUUGAUUGCCACGCACGUGACCGCGUUGCC